AUGAGCUCACCGACGCCAAGUAACCUGGCGGUUACCACUACCGAUCACGCAGGUCUCAUUGUCAUCACGGCCGUCGUGGGCAUGACCUGGACCGUCAUGGUGUACCUCAUCAGGUUGUACAUCAGGUUGAGCGUCAACGGCCCCUUUGGGAUAGACGACAGCGCAGCGUCUUUCGCAACGCUCAACUAUGCCGCCAACAUGGUGUACAUUGUGGCGAUUUGCGGCUCGAAAUGCGCCAUGUUUCUCCUCAUCGCACGCCUCGGCCAGGACAGAAGACACCUCCUCACCACGUACGGCGUCACGCUCUUGGCGAUACUAUGGGCUGUGGUUUCGCUGUUUCUCAUGGCUUUCCAAUGCAGACUCCCCGAACCUUGGAACGUGCACAUUGCCAGCCAAUGCCCAACCCUCUUCACCCGAUGGGUCGUUGUCGAGACCUUUAGCACCUUGUUCGAAUUCGCGAUAAGCGCCUUGGCCGUCGCCUUGGUCUGGGGCCUGUCCAUGAAGCUGAAGACCAAGGUCAUGGUUGUGUGCGCCUUUUCAGCCCAGCUCCUGGUCAUGAUCCCCAUCGCCUUCCGGCUACACUUCGUCCGCGUUUCGAGGUAUGCAUCCGACGCCACCUUCAACUCGACGGAAAUCGCCAUUGCAACCCAAGUCGUGAUGCACUUCUCCAUCAUGGCCGCCACGUUUCCCUGCUUCCGGCAGUUCCUGCAGGCAUUCGACAGCGGCCUCGGCGCCACCACAAAGAUCUCCACUGAGCACGGGAGCGGCAGUCGAUCCCAGGGCGGCUCCUACGUGCUGCAGAGUCUGGCUUCUGCGCGCGAGGAGGGACGAGUCGGCAAGGCCCGGGCGAGGCUGCGGCCGGAUCCCACGGCCGAGAUUGUCACGGCCGUCGCGGCCAGGUCGUCGGAUCGCGGGGCCGAGGACAUGAGUAUUGACAGCGCGGGCAGCGACAAGGCCAUCUGGACGAGGAGAGAGUGGGAGGUGCAUUACGAAUCGAGGGACCGAGGAGACUAA